UUUGAUAUUUAUGAGACCUUUUCAAAAGUUCUACUAGAAAUAUACGCGUGAAGUGAAAACAUUUUAUUUCAUGUCGUGAGUGUUUUACCAUAUUUUCUUGUAAAGUUCGUGAGUUUUAGUGGUUUUAGUAAUAAUUAUUGUUCGAGACAUUUCCACAAUGGUAGAUGAUAGCACUAGGAAAACCCUUAGCAGCAUUCCUCUUCUGCAAACCAGAGCAGGUCCCCGUGACAAGGACCUUUGGGUUCAGCGUCUCAAAGAGGAGUAUCAAGCAUUGAUCAAGUAUGUGCAAAACAAUAAAGCUUCCGACUCGGAUUGGUUUCGGUUGGAGUCCAACAAGGAGGGCACUAAAUGGUUCGGCAAAUGCUGGUACGUCCACAAUCUUCUCAAGUACGAGUUCGAUGUCGAGUUUGACAUUCCAGUGACAUACCCAGCAACGGCACCGGAAAUUGCACUACCAGAGCUGGAUGGUAAAACAGCCAAGAUGUAUCGCGGAGGCAAGAUUUGCCUGACGGAUCACUUCAAACCACUUUGGUCACGGAACGUGCCUAAAUUCGGCAUAGCUCAUGCGAUGGCUUUGGGGCUCGCACCAUGGUUAGCCGUUGAAAUACCUGACUUGAUAGAAAAAGGGAUUGUUGCUUACAAGGAAAAAGGAGAGACUUCGAACUAAUUAAAAAAUGUUUCUAUUUGUUUACUAUUAAAAAACAUCAAUUUAUCGCA